AUGGCCUCUUGCACCAGAACCACACACCCUGUGCCUCGGCACUACUCUUUCGGGCUUUGGAUUACGAGCAUUCUUUUGUUCACGGCGGCAACAACGCCGACGACGAAGGGGUGCGUAGAGGGCGAGAGGGACGCCCUCCUCGACUUCAAAACCGGCAUCGUCAAGGAUCCUUCCAGCCGUUUGUCAUCAUGGCGAGGCCGAGUAGACUGCUGCAGAUGGAGCGGGGUGGUCUGUGACGACACAACCGGCCAUGUCGUGGAGCUUAACCUCAAUCCAGACUAUCUAAACAAUGAGACGUCUAUCGGAGGUGAGAUCAGACCAUCCUUGCUCCUGCUAACUCAUUUGGAGCGUCUCAACCUCAGCCACAAUGACUUGUCGACCGAUGGCCUGCACUGGCUCUCGCGUCUCACUUCCUUGAGAUACCUCGACAUGAGCUUUGUGAACCUUUCCAUGGCCUCCCACGAUUGGCUUCAAGCAGUGAACAUGUUGUCCUCACUAGAGGAGCUACAUUUACAUGACUGUGGCCUCACCGACAUCCCCUCUUCUCUUUCCCAUGUCAACCUCACAGCACUGGCCACUCUGGACAUCAGUGACAACCUCUUCAACUCCACCAUCCCCAAAUGGCUAUGGAAACUCCACAGACUCUCUUAUCUUGAUCUCAGUUUUUCUAUGUUUCAUGGUGCCAUACCCGCUGGGAUUGGAAAUUUGGCCGAUCUAAGAGAACUUCAUCUUAGUGAUAAUUCACUUUCAGGUCCCGUACCCACUGAGAUUGGAAAUUUGAAUAGUCUAGAACUUAUCAAUCUCACGAAUAAUUUACUCUCUGGAUCGUUACCUACUGAGAUCGGCAAGCUUUCCAACCUCAAUAUUCUUUCUCUCUCUAGUAAUUCCCUAGAGGGCACCGUGUCUGAACUCCAUUUCGCUCGCUUAACCAAACUAAGUGAGCUCGAUCUAUCUGAAAACUCCCUAGUCAUCUCAGUAGACUAUAAUUGGGUUCCUCCUUUUCAACUCCGAUCCAUUCAACUGAAGUCUUGUAAGUUGGGGCCUGCAUUUCCAAGAUGGCUCCGUUCACAAAACUCCAUUGAGGAUUUGGGUAUGUCGAACACAAGCAUCGAGGACGUCUUGCCUGAUUGGUUUUGGAAUAAUUCUGCUUCAUCUAUAAAUCUCUCCCAAAAUCAGAUUAAUGGUACUUUGCCAACUUCCUUGGAGGAUAUGACAAACCUGGCCAUUCUGAAACUAAGUAUGAAUUUGCUUGAAGGCCCUAUUCCUCGUUUGCCACCUUACUUGCGUUAUUUUCAUGCUUUCACGUCAUGUGCUUAUGGAAAAGGAAGACUGACCGAGUCAACGUUGGGGCAUUUCCGUAGCAGUCUCACACGUCUCGUCCAUCAAAAAGUAGGAGAUGAAGAAAGGAUGGAGAAGUCACUUCGAGUCCGUUCGCAGCAGCCGUGGAAGCUUCUUCGAAGGCACGCGGUGGGGGACUCGAACCGCUUGGCGACCGGAGUCAACUUUGACAAGGAUCGGUGA